AUGAACAGUGACCUAUUUAACAUGGCUAUGAGUCAUUGCGAUGUAAUCAAAGAUGAUUUGGAUGCACAAGAUGAGAAAUUGAUGGGGGUUCAUAAUAAGAUCAGGGAUUAUUCAGAUGGAUUGGAUUUUAAUGAGAAAUAUCUACAAAAGUUAAAGAAGACAGCCAACAUGAAGAAAACAUACUGUGUUAUCUUUGCAAUUGGGCUGGUCUUUACUACAGCAUUCAUAGUAAUAAAAAUAAAGAAAUAA